AUGUCUACGAUCGCUUCAACAUUCUCGCGUUUGGUGCGAUUCGUGCCCAAGUCCAACCCAUCGAAGAUCUUGAUCGGCGAGCCUGUAGAUGCUGCACUGGACGUCGGACGGGCUGUCUAUCAGGGCAAAGAGGUGUUUGUUCGCCCAUUCUCGGGCUCAUCAGUGCUCGAGCCCGGACAAGCCACGGGCACGACUGAGACCAUCGAACGGAUUCUUUCCCCUUUGUCACAAAAAGAAGUCGGAUCCAUUCGAUGUGUUGGUCUGAAUUAUGUCUCUCACGCCAAAGAAAUGUCACUUGACAUUCCAACGGUGCCCACACUUUUCAUCAAACCAUCGACAUCACUAGCCGACCCAUUUCCUGCCCCAACAGUACUGCCAAAGAUCACCCAACAAGAUGGUACGGGUGACUACGAGUCAGAAAUGGUCAUUGUUAUUGGCAGAGAUGCCAAAGAUGUGCCUGAAUCCGAGGCGCUCGACUAUGUUCUGGGCUACACAGCGGCAAAUGACGUGUCCAGCCGUACGAGUCAGAUGAACCAAAGCCAGUGGUGCUUUUCGAAGGGCUUCGAUGGCUCCUGUCCCAUCGGCCCGACUUUGGUGUCUGCUGCUCUGAUGCCAGAUGCUACCAAAUUUCAUAUUCGCGGUCUGAAAAGCGGCCGUGUCAUGCAAGACUGCCCUUUAACUGAUCUAAUCUUCAAUGUUCCCCAGCUCGUCAGCUUCCUAUCUCAGGGGACUACGUUGCCGGCGGGUACGAUCAUCCUCACUGGAACCCCGCCCGGCGUCGGAGCUGCAAAGAGUCCAAAAGAGUUCAUCAAAGCCGGUGAUGAAUUUGCCGUUGAGCUGCUUCCCCACGUUGGCACUCUGAUCAACAAGAUUGAGCAUCAAUGA